AUGAAAUUAACCGUCGCUCUAUUGGGGAUUUUCUGUCUUGCAGUACUGGCAACGACUAUUGAUGCACGAAAAGAACCAGAAGAGUACUGGCAAGGGGUUAUGAAAGAUCUGCCCAUGCCCGAGGCAAUUCAAGGUCUUCUCGAUACAAAUUCUGUUGAAUAUGUUCCGAGUAUAAAGAGGGAUUGCCACACCUCAACUGAGGCAAGUAAACAAGACAAGCCCUUUGUUCAAGACUUUGAACCUAGACCUAGUACCACAACCUAUCGUGAUGAUAAGUUAAAAAAUGAGAUAUCUUUUGCGAAAGACUUAGAACCAAGACCUAGUGCUACAGCCUAUCGUGAUGAUAAGCUCAAAAAUGAAAGAUCUUUCACGAAAGACUUUGAACCAAGACCAACGAUUUGCAAGACAGCUAAACAACGAAGAGAUAAAGGAUCAUGA